AUGGUCUAUGUCAGCGACUUCGAAGAGUUUGAGGUUGCUGCGCAGGAGCUUUUCAAGCAGCAGCCCUUGAGGACACGGUACCUGGUGAAGUAUCGGCACAAGGAGGGCAAGGUGGUCCUAAAGGUCACGGAUGACCGAAUUUGCCUGAAGUUCCGCUCGGAGCUGAUCGCCAACCUCAAGCACGUGGAGCGCUUGAGCCAGAACUUCGCCCGCUGGACCGCCACGAAGGACCUGUCCAAGCUGGACGAGCCAGAUGCGGAGCUGGAGGACGCGAAGAAGGCCGCCAAGCCGACGGCCAAGACCAAGCGCCGAAAAGGCUGA